CAUGAAUCCUUCUCUAGUAAAAAUAUAGUAAAUUUAGGCUUAAAAAUUUAAGAAUUUUUGUCAAACUAUUGAUUUAUAUGGUGCUUAUCCAAGUCUAUUGAUAUUUGGAAAUUAAAAAUAUUCAAGUAUCCUUGGAGUUCUCUUUACUUUGUUAGCAUCAACAUUGACAUUUGCUUAUUUAGUACAAUAGGUCUAAGAAUUAGUCUACAAACAGCUCCCAUAAACAAUUUUAUCGGAACACUUAGUCUCAGAAACAUCUGUAAGUUUAAAUAAUAUUAUAUAUAGCCAUUUCCAUUAUAAUCUCAAAAUUUUACUUUAGCAGUGUCAGUUGGUAAUAUAUAAUCAAAUCCAUUGAAAACUAUUAAUAAAUACUUUACAAUUUCAGUUGAAAAUUGCUAAAGAAUACGACAACUUAAUACAACUACAAAUAAAAUUGAUGUCAUUAAUACGUAUUCUUGAAAAAUGAUUAGUAUAGAUGUGUUACUUACCCUAUAGAAGCAUGCAGUUCUGAAAAUUUUGGAACAGAGUUGUAAAAAGAAUAUUUCAGUAAAAUUCGAUUAGGAACAGUUUAAUGUAUUAAGAAAGAAAUAUUAGAAAGAAAUCCUCCGGUAAUUAUAUAUAUAUUAUAUUGAGAUACUAUAAGGAAUUAUUUCAGGAAAUAUAUAUUAGUAUAUUUCUAUAAAAUUUUCAGCUUGCAAAAAUAGUACAGAAAAAUAAGAUUGUGCAACAAUGGAUUAGAUAAAUGAAGAAUUAAUGAAUGGAUAUUAUGUAGUUCAUAUGAGUGAUUCUUUGAUUUAAAUGAGUAAUCCAGAGAAUAUUUAACAGAAUUUCAUAAAAAUGUAAUUUACAUCAUUCUCAAUCUCAACAUCUAAAAUUAUAUACUCUGGAUUUAGGAUUAUUGAAUCAAUUACUGAUAAUGGUGUACUGACUAACAAUAUUGUAGAAGAUCAAUUUUUAGUACAAUAGUACUUUUAAGAAUCAUCUUCUAAUUAUAAUUAAGAUUAUUUAGUUAAUCAUUUUAUAAUUAUAGACAACAAAUAUACUAGCUAUUAAAGAUCUUAUAUUAAAUUAACAACUAUCUUAAGUAAGAUUGGAGGUCUAUGGUAAUUAAUAUUUAUAAUUUUUGGGAUUAUUACAAAACCAUUUAUUUAAACUGAAAUGAGAAUUAAUUUAGCAAAUAAAUUAUUUAGAUUUUAAUCAGAAUUAAAUGAUCUUACUUAGAAUGUAAAAAAAGAUAAUAGUACAAAUAAGAAUUUAGAUAAAUAUAUUUUAAAUUCAGGAUCUAAAUUACCUAAUUCAGUAUUUGAUAUUCUAAAAUUCAUAUUUGGAUGUCAUAAGAACAGAAUAAAAUCAUUGAAUUUGGCAAAUUAGAGAAUUUAAGAAAAUUUAGAUAUAGUUAAAAUAAUGAGAAUAUUUUAAGAAUUUGAUAAUCUAAAACAAAUUUUAUUGACAUUUAAUUAAAGAAUUUUAUUUGAUCUUAUUCCAACUCCUUUGAUAAAUGGAUAAUUAGAUAAUAAAAUGAAAUAAAAUUAACAUUCUAAUAAACCAAUAAUUAUUGAUAAUACUUAAUAAUAAAAUAAAAAUUAUUAAGAUAGAUUUAUUGAAGCUUAUAAAUCAUUUUUUUAGAUUUAAAUUAUGUCUGAAAUGAAUGAAAAUAUUGGAUAAAAAAUAGUUAAAUGUUUAGAUUAAGAAAUGAUUAAAGUAUUUUAUGAAUAUCAAUCAGAUACUGAAUCAAGAUAAUUUUAAUUUGAAGAUAGAAAAUCUAAAAAUACAGUUGAUAGAAAUUAUCAAGAUUUUGAAUCUAAAUUAAGUGUUUCUCCUAAUAAUUCAAAUAUUUAAGAGGUUUAAACAGUUAAAAUCUUUCUCAAUAAUUAAUAUAAUAGAAGAAAAUUUGAUAAUUUAUAAGUUUGA